GAUGCCACUAUCGCCACCAUGCGUUUAGUAAUGGAACUACAUGUGUGUUUAUGCACCAUAUCAUUGAAUUAUUCUAUACGUUUUCUCUCAAUUUCGUUUAAUGUCAUGCUGCCCAGGAUAAUCAAAGAAUUUCAUCGAAAAUUAAAUUUGGGUACAAAGAAAUCAAUGAUUUUAUAAACAUGGAGUCCUCGCGAGAUAAGGAGCGCUACCGGUUGGAACAAGAAGCGUUUGUUUCAAAUCAUGGAGGGACAACGUCACAAGAGGUUGUUCACGUUAUUUUACCAAAUGUAUGCGGUGUUCUUUUAACAAUAACUACUUUAGGGCUUUAUGGAAAAUAUUUACAUAGAAAUGUGAAAAUUGUCAUAGAAUUCGUGUUAACCGUAGUUCCAUGCAUUUUGUGUUGUACGAUAUUAUCAGAAUACGUUAGCAACGUAUGCGUUUUAAUGAUCGUUCUUUCUUUCAUAAAUAUUAUGUUAAUGAGAAUCAAAGUACAUGCACUGACUAGUUGUAUAUUAAGGCCGAUAAGAGGGAAAAGGCCAUUUGUAACAAAUUUCCGAGCACUUUCCAAUAUCAUUACAGUAAUAUGUAUAUUAGCCGUAGACUUUCGUAUAUUUCCACGAAAGUUUGCCAAAACUGAAGUAUUUGGUUAUAGUUUAAUGGAUACCGGUGUUGGUAUAUUUAUAUUAGCUAAUGCUUUAGUUGCACCAGAGGCUAGAGAUUUUGGUAGUCAACCCAAAGAAGGUUUCUUUGGUACAUUGUCAAGGAAUUUGAAAAGUCCUUUGAAGAGUUCCAUACCGUUAUUAUUGUUAGGCUUUGGAAGAUUUUUAGCAAUAGAAUUUUUAGGUUAUCAAAGACAUACUACCGAAUAUGGAGUUCAUUGGAAUUUCUUUAUAACAUUGGCAUUUGUCAAAUUAUUUACUAGAACGAUAACAAGUACGAUAAGUUCAAGGUAUUCUUUACUUUCUGGUAUAUGGAUUUUGGCUAUGCACGAAUAUAUCUUAACUAAUAAUGGUUUGAAGGAAUGGAUUUUAAGCAACGAACCAAGAAUUAAUUUUAUCACUGCGAAUAGAGAAGGUCUCAUGUCUAUACCGGGUUACGUAGGAUUAUAUCUCGUUGGUGUUGCAGUUGGUAGAUUGAUACACUCCACUUAUUUAAAUUUAAAUUCAGGUAUCACUUUACAUCCGAGAAAAAAUAUUCACAUUAAAAUCUUUGGAUAUGAUUUGGAUGCAAGUUACAAUGAAUCAAUGAUAUUAUGCGUAAAAUUAUCAUUGAUAGCAGCCCAGGCAUGUGCGGCAACAUUAUUUUGCGAUAAAUACUUUGGGGUAUCAAGAAGAUUGGCCAACGCGGGUUAUUGUGCAUGGAUAGUUACAUUAAGCACUAUGAUGCUAACACUCUUAUUACUUAUCGAAGUAGUAACGGAUAUAUUAAUUUAUGCAACAUCGGAUUAUAAAAGCAUUGAUAAUAAAAAUGACAAAGUAAUAGAAAAAAUGGGCGAAGUAAAACACAAGAGACAUAAAGCUGGUUUUAAAACUAGACGAGAAAAUAAGCACGAUAUGAAGCAAGAUAGUUUGCAGGAUUUAUCUGUCGAUAGUCCGAUUAAAAGAACUUUAGAAAUUUUCGAGGCUGUUAAUUACAAUGGACUUGUUUUUUUCUUGUCGUCUAACAUGUUAACAGGUCUUAUUAAUUUACUUAUAUCAACGUUAUACGCUGGAAAAACUGUAGCUCUUCAGAUAAUAAUCGCAUACACGGCUGUAAAUAUACUUUUCAUUUUAAUAUUAUACAGAUGGCAAGUGCAACUUAAACUGUAAAAUGUACAAAGUUAUUAUCAGAUGAAAUUUGUUUACGAUAUCUGUUAUACAAUGAAAGAGAAGAUGUAUGCCGUGUAUACUGUCAAUGCUCAAUAAUAUAUCAUAGAAAAUGAUAUCCUCCAUAACCUAAUAGCAGAAAAUUUACUUCUGUAAUAUGUAUAUAUAUAUACAUAUAUAUAUAUUUAAUUACAAUCAAUGACUCGACCCUGUAAUUAAUAAAUCAAUUGAAGAAAAUGAUCACUGCCACGUGCCAUUGCACAGACAUAUCGAGAAACGUCUCAUAUUUAUUUCUUUUUUAUCAAAACAAAUAUGUAUGUACAUCGGUAUAAAAAAUAAGUAAAAUAGUUUUAACUGGUAACGAAGCGUUUCCUCUGUGUAUUUGUAAUUACAGUGUUUGACGACGGUAUACCCGUUGUUUAGUAUUUUUUUUUUUUUUUUCUUUUUUCAUUAAGAAAUUUAUCUUCCUAAAUUCGUCAUAAUUCGUCCUUAGAUUGGGUAUAACGUUUAUGUUGUACUUUAGACACUCUUUCCUCCUCCGACGUUUCGAGUACUUUAUUAUCUUUCUUCUUCGUUUUACUAUGUAUUUUUUCUUUUUGAAUCAUAUUGUUACUUAAGAAAUCUUUGAAAGCGUUAUGAUGUUUCACGUGUGUACUAGCCAGAGAAACAAUACGUAGGAACUCUUUAACCUCAAAAUGAUAAUUCGUAAAUUUGGCAUGAGCACCACCGUCGGGAUGUGUACCCUGUUUAAUGGGAUGAAAAUUUUAGGUUAGUUGUUGUUAUUAACUUCUUUUAUAUUAACAAGUAAACAAAGAAUAUUUCAAUCACUCACAGGAUCUUGUUGAAUUAAUUUAGAAUUGUCUUCCCACGUAAAAUAUUUAACACCUCGUAAUCUCGCAAGAUCUUUGUAACAGCUGGGAUCCUCGCAAUUGUAUCUAUGAAAAAUAUUGAAAGAGCAUUAAAGGUAACGUUCUUAUG